CUUGCAGAUGGAGUGCCAACUUCAGCACGCCAGAAGGGUGGAAACCAUGCAGCCACCCAAUUUUCAUCUCCUCAAGAGGUUGAUCUUUGCAAAUCUACAAAAACAGUGUGUCUGGCUUCUUCACACAAAGCAGCUGACAGACGCCCUUCAAAGAGGCUCAGAUGUGAAAAAAAUAGUCUAGUGAAACUGGACUUACAAGAGCUUGUAUCUGGAAAUGGAAAUAUUCCCCUACUGAAAGAACCAACAGAAACUUCUGAUGAGGCUCAACAUUUGGGAGACUCAGUUGACCCCAAUAUGAAGCCUUUAUACAGUAAAAGCAAAAGUGCUCCAAAAAAUGAAGAGAUACAGGGGGAUGAUGAUGUUGUUUCCAUAAAGCCAUCUGCACUGAAGGGAAAUAGCUGCCAACCAAAAAAAGAGGAAGGUGAAACUUUCCUGCAAAACCAUAUCCCAAAUGUGGAAGAGGAGAGCAGCUGUGGAACUGCAUUUUCAGAUGAAGCUGGGCUAGAGACCCUGGAAAAACCAAUACAAUUGGAUAAUAGUGCCUUCUUAGACGAGGACAGUAACCAGCCAAUGCCGGUGGACCGAUUCUUUGGUAACAUUGAGUUCAUGCAGGAUCUCCCAGCAGCUGCACUCACGUGCACUGCAAUGAGCAGGCGAGAACUUAGAAAGCUGCACUUCAUUGCAAAGGAGGACGACGACGAUGAUGCACUUUAAGCACAGAAUGCAAAAAAGAUGAAACCUUAAAUUGUCUAUUUUUCUAAGUCUGUUAAAAUAAUUAGUGAUCCUGUUACACUUACCCAUCCUACCCGUUAUAUUUCAUUGGCAUGACAUCUUUCUACAAAUGCCUUUCCUAGAGAGAGACUUUCUAUGGGAAUCCUAGACAAAAUGCAAAACCACAAAGUUGAAUGUGUAAGUGGGCAAGUGCCUUUACUAGAGACUGGAAGUAUGAAGUCUGCAGGAUUUAGAAGCCAUAUCUACUGAUUUACCAGUUUAACAGACUUAAAAGACUUGUGACUAAGCAAUUGUACUUUAUCUCCUUUUGUUGUGAAGAGGACCGGCAAACAGAGCAUUAUGUAAAUCUGAGCUCAUACAACACAGGUCGCAGUGAGCUAACAGUGAUCUUCUUAAAAAGAAAAUCUUCAAAUCAAAAUGUGACUAACUCAUUUGUAUUAUUAUUGUAUGAUGUUCUUCAUAGGUGCCUGGUAAGUAAGCUUCUGGUACCCAGUACCUAAGAGGGAGUCCAUCCUGUAUUCCUUAUGUUUAGUGUUAUACUAUUUGUUUACCUCUGAAUCUAAUCAAUUUAACUUACAAACCAUUACAUUGCAGUUCUGUUGGGAAAACCGACUCUGUGCAAAUGUCAUUGUGGGUUUGUUUUUGUUUCUAGAUGACCAGAUAUGCUUAUUUUACAAACGAAUAUGAGCGCUUUACUCUGUCCAUUCAACAAACUCCACCUGUCACCCGAGAGACAAGCUGGGCUUUCAUUCCUUCACAUGUAUUACCCGCUGUAAAAAUACUGCAGGAUAAAUAUUUCCCUCAUUCAUACCUAUGGAACCUUACUCUUUUUCUUCAGUUGGUGUACACAGCUAUUACUGAUGGAAGCUCAGUAAACAAUUGUGUUAAUGCUCAAGAAAGAAUAAAAACUAAUCUCUGAGCUUUUUUCAACAAGUUAGAAAUAGGUGAAUUGGAGCUGACCAUAUAGAAUAAGGUUGGUCUGCCUGAUUUUCCCAGGUUGUAAUGGUUUUGGGAAAUGAGCAGUUUCAGUUGCCUUCAUGAAAAUUAUUUAAUCUAAAACUAAGAACACUUCAUCGAAAGUAGUAAUUAGGUAAUAAGCUUCAAGAUCUUUAUUUUUUUUAACUUUGAAUACUUGUUUCCUACUUUUCUAGAAAUAUAGAGAACAUUUCAGCAGAUGGCUUACAUAAAUAUUCAUUUCUAGUGCUAUUGCCUAUUAAGCAUUCACAUAUAAGCUGAACAAAUUGUAUAGGGUAUAUUCAUUCACUUAUUUUCAUUUCAUUGGAUAUGCUAUUACUGUCAACGUCUUACUGCUUUCCUCUUUUCUAAUGCAGUAAUAUGAAGGCAUUUAAAAUAGUGUGGCUAUGGUUUAACAAAUAUUGCUGUAACCCCGAUAACUCUGCACUUCAGGGUUUUGGAGAUUUAUAUUUGAACCUCAAAUGUCUGUUCAGGUCGAAUAAGAUUUUAAUGGCAUCUUAAAAGAUAUGAAAUUAUUUAGGGGACAUAGUACAUAGAUCACAUUACUACAUUGGUUAGCAGGUUAAGAAAAGGAUCUUCAUUAUGACAUCUUCACAAAUAUUGUCCUGAAGUAAAUGUGUAAUUUCCUAUUUACAAGGUAUUAAAACAGUUACACAUUACUAUGCAGUUGUUUUGAUUUUAUUAAGUAUGUUUAAAAAUUAAUGGGGACAAGUACCUAUUGCAACAGGUAUAGCCCUGCUUUGAAAAGGUACUGACUCAGGCAUUCAGCAUUGCUGCUGUCCAGUUAUUUUUGGAGUUUGUUACUCACCUUGAAGAGGCCCCUUGAGAUAGGAGAUAAGGCAGGUAUGUUGUACCGAGUGUUUCACAAAAGCUAAAUAUACAACUUUGUGCCUAACUAUUAUUCUAGCCUGAUAAAUUUAUAUUUCACACUAUCAGAAGGGGGUCUUAGUUCAUUUGAUUGUGCCCUAGUUGCUUGUACAUGCCCUGUCUCUCCUUUAUGGUUAUACUCAAAGCAAAAGAUGCCGAAACGUUCUUUAUUAAACAUAUAAAAAUGCAUUUUUACAUUUACAUAGUUCCUGAGAAUUUGGUUGACAUAAGGUCAUCAUUU